CACCACUACUACUGUGAGAGCUCAAACAGCGCUAGCUUCUUCCGGAGAGGAAGUAAGAGGGGAUUAUCAUCAGUAUCAAUGGAUUCCUCAGAAGUUGCAUGGCUGUCCGAAAUGGGGCUGGAUAAUUCAUUUUUCAUGGAUCAACACGAUUUCAUGGACUGUUUUGACGAAGAACUGGCUGCAGUACUCGGGCAAGACUUUGAGACCUGUUUGUCCGCUGGAAACAACUCAUCCUAUUCCUCAACUUUGAUCAACAUUCCAAGCAGCAAUUCCAUCAAUUCCUUGAACACGGAAUCCCCAAAGAUGGGCUGUGAACCACCACACAAACUCCAAAAGCCAAACAACUACUCCAAUUUCUCAACGAUUAACAAUCAAAACCUGCCAACAAAUCCUGAUAGAGCUUCUUCCACUCCUAUAAUUCUCAACUUCGGAAAUGCAGCUGAAAACCCUCAACAGGUGAACCCGAGGCCGUUGAACCCCGAUGAAGAGGCUGCUGUCUCUGAAGUUUUGAGGUCUCAGGGAUCCCUCCCGGAUCCUGAAGAGCAAUCAAAACGUCCCCAGCCGACGACGAAAAAACCCAGCCGUGUUAGGCCGCCGUCGCAGACCUACGAUCACAUCAUCGCUGAGAGGAAACGGAGGGAGCAGCUCAGCCAGAGAUUCGUUGCUCUCUCAACUAUUGUUCCUGGCCUGAAGAAGAUGGAUAAAACUUCUGUGUUAGGAGAUGCGAUCAAGUACUUGAAACACCUGCAAGAAAGAGUGAAGGUAUUGGAGGAACAAGCGACGAAGCAGACCAUGGAAUCUGUGGUGCUCGUCAAGAAGUCACAAAUAAUGGUGGAGGACGAGGGCUCCUCCGACGAGAAAAGCGGAAGUUCCGAUGAGCAGCCGCUGCCGGAAAUCGAAGCCAGAGUCUGCAACAACCACAUCCUUCUCAGAGUCCAUUGCGAGAAGCACAAGGGAGUUCUGGUGAAUUUACUCAGCAAAGUGGAGAAACUCAACCUCACUGUUGUCAACACCAAUGUCACCCCGUUCGGAAGUUUGGCACUCGAUAUUACUAUUGUUGCAGAGAUGGAUAAAGAAUUCAACCUGACAGUAAAAGAUGUAGUAAAAAGACUGCGUGCGGCUCUUCUGCGAAUUGAGUGACCAGAAAUUAUCAAUCUCGACGUACUCGUCUUUCCAAUAAGUGGUGAACAUGACAUGACGAUUAUCGAAUCUCAAAGUCCUAACAAAUACUGGUAAUAAAAACGAGGUGCAAGGUUAAGAAUCAAAGUCCGAGGAGGAGGAGUUUUACUAUGUCCAGACAGCGUACGUAUAUAACAACUAAAAGCAAAUCAAAUCUGCAGUAAUUGUGGUUAAAGUAUACGAGUAUGAGAGGAGCUAGGAUGGUUUCCAAGUGGUUCUACAUCCCUCCAAGAAUUCACAUUGGACCCUUAUUGUUCUGUUUUGUGGAUGUAGAAAUGUAAUUUUAUAAAUUUACAGUUGAUGUAAAUUUCUAAUAUAAUAAUUGAAUUAAUAUU